AUGGGUGCACUCUGUUGUGUUGUGGCCUCAAGGCCACUGGUAACAACAAAAUCACUACCACCACACAGCGGCAGUAGUAUUCCUCCACCGAGUCAAGAUGAUCCCAGGCAAUGGCGGACGAAUCUCAGCUUCUCACCAGCUGCAUAUACUAGAGAUGAUGAUCAGGAUAUGGGAGAUGAGAGCCACGGGUUUGCAUUGUGCUCGAGCAGACAGAGUAUGAGUUUGGAAUCCUGUUUCCAGCAAUCGCCAAGAUGGGCUUCUGAUGGGAAUGAGCAGAAAACAUGGAACGUGAACAGUACACCAAGAUCAAAUAUCACAACGCACCAAUGCUUGAAUGAGGAGAAAGGUACAGCCAUCUCCCAGAGUUUGAGGUCUUUGCUAUCUCUUUCAGAAUCAAUUGCCCCAUGGGAGACUCCAAACGAGCAGCCUGUCAGCCUCACUCACUGCUCUUACCCUCGAGUCUUCUGCAAUCCAGUUUCAGAACCUCAUCAUACGCCAAAGGACUCACUGACAAAUCCCAAUGCCAGUUUCAUGAUGUCGACUACAAGAAACCAUCAGAGCUCACCAGUAGAGGCAGCAUCAUCACCAAACCAGAGUCACAGAACGACGAGUAGCAACGAAAUGUUGGUAGAUGUGGAACGGUCCAACGAAGCAGAAGUAGAAAACCCAAGAUCUGAACCAGGUACAGUGACACACCAGAGAUGUGGGGUUUGCAAAAAGCUUUUAUCUCAGAGAUCUCCAUGGUGCUCUUAUAAGAUACUGAGAUGUGGAGACAUGCCAGCAGCUGGUGUGUUCCCCUGUCACCACGUCUUCCAUGUUGAGUGUUUAGACAAAGUGACCCCCACAGCUCAAGAACGAGACCCGUCUUGUCCUGUCUGCUCAAACACCGUCGGAGCGAUGGAGCAGCCGCUAAAAGCGCCUGAAACGUUGGAACUGGCACUUAGAUCUCUCAGAAGAAACCGCACAGCUAUGAGAUCAGAGACACUAAGUAGCACUUGCAAUGACAAUGAAAGAAGACAGAUUAGCAGAAGCAAUAAAUGGAGAAAACUCGGAUGUUGUAUGAAUAUAAGACUCUAUUAG